AUGAGAUGUCAGGGAACAAUUGAAGGGGAACCGUUUAUCGCGUUCGAGUCUAUCGUCGUCAAAUCAAUCAAACGAGCGCUGGAAAAGACGAACAACGACGACGGGAUCAACGGACGGACGGACGAACGGACGGACGGAGACGGAGACGGAGUCAAGCGUGAUACGAUACGUAUGUGGUCGACGAUCCGAAUACGAGGGAGAACAAAUUGUGGUAAGGUGAACAAACAGUACACAGAGCUGUAA